AUGGUUAUCUGUUUAGCUGUUGCCGUGGCUGUCGUCAGUGCAAGACCACAAGAAGGUCACAAACAUGGUCAUACCAUUUCAUCACAAAGCAUCGUACUUCAUAAAUCUCAUGAGGGAAAGCACGAGUCUUCGCACCACGAGAAGAAAGAGGAAAAACAUAAUAAGAAAAAUGAGGGGCAUCAUCUUGAGGAACACCACGGUCACGCCUCCUCCUCGCAGAACAUCAAACAGUACCACGGAAAAGCUACUGAAAAACACGUCGAAUACUAUUCCCACCCUAAGUACGAGUUCGCGUACAAAGUGGAGGACCCUCACACCGGUGACAAGAAGUACCAGCACGAAGCGCGCGAUGGUGACGUCGUGAAGGGCGUGUACAGUCUGCACGAGCCCGACGGUACUGUCAGGAUCGUGGAGUACCACGCUGACAAGAAGACUGGAUUCCACGCCAACGUGAAACACGAGGGUCACGCCAAGCACGUUGUUCCUAAUAACCAUCAUCAUUGA